AUGGCACCUCAACUGGCAUGGCUGGGCCUCGGGAACAUGGGCAGGGGCAUGUGCAAGAACCUCGUGGAAAAGGGAAACCUAUCCGAGCCUCUGAUCAUCUACAACCGCACGGCGCAGAGAGCACAAGACCUUUCCGCCCAGAUUGGACACUCGACCGUGGCCAGCUCGCCAGUCGAGGCGGCAUCCAAGGCCGACAUCAUCUUCUACUGCCUAGGCGACGAUGCGGCCGUGCUCUCGACUCUCGGCGAGAUCCUCAAGACGGACGUCAAGGGCAAGGUUCUCGUGGACUGCAGCACGGUGCACCCGGACACGACGACGCAGGAAAGCAAGAUGAUUGAAGAGAAAGGCGGCAGUUUCGUGGCCUGUCCUGUGUUCGGGGCCCCAGCCAUGGCCGACUCGGGACAUUUGAUCUGUGUGCUGGCCGGCAAGUCGGACGCGGUGGACAAGGUCAAACCGUACUGUCAGGGCGUGAUGGGUCGAGCGAACAUUGAUUUCUCGGGCCAGGAACCCGGCAAAGCGACCCUCCUCAAAGUCAUUGGCAAUACCUUCGUGGUGAGCAUGGUCGAGACGUUAUCUGAGGGCCACGUCAUCGCCGAAAAGUCCGGGCUUGGAGUGGACGAGCUGCACAAGUUCAUCGAGGUCAUGUUCCCCGGGCCCUACACCGCUUACUCGAAUCGGUUGCGGACGGGCGACUAUUACAAACGUGACGAGCCUCUCUUCGCCGUCGACCUGGCCCGCAAGGACGCUCGACACGCCAUGGCUCUGGCCGAGAAGAGUGGGUGUCGAAUGAAGAAUGUCGAGCUGGCAGACUCGUACCUUAAGGUGGUCAAGGAAACGCAGGGUGCAAAGGGUGACAUUUCAGCCAUUUAUGGCGCAAAGCGAUUGGAGAGCGGGCUUCCGUUCGAGAAUUGA